UAAAACCGAAAAACCUUAAAUUCUUGUCUUUUUUUUAUUAUUAUUUCGUUUUUUAAAAUGUUUUGUCUUUGUAUGAGUGCGCCUGCGUGCAUCAUUACAUUCCUAGUUAAGAAUGUUUCAACAAUAACAUCGUUUCUAGGGUUCUACCCUUUGACUUAAGAUGGGUCGUGCUAUUCAAAGAGAAAAGGAAAAAGAGGUUGAAUUUGACAUUGAAAGUGGUGAGAACACAAGCGAAGAGGAUACAAGCAAUGAUGAGAGAGAUUCAAAUUCAAAAAACGGUUUUCCUUGGUCAUGGAAUGGGGUUAUGAAUUUAGAUGGAUCAGAAAAGGGUAAAAAUGGAAUUGAAGCAUCAUGUAGCAGUUCUUCAAAUUUUUGUGAUGUUGUUGGUGUAGAUGAAUGUAAUUUAGAAUUGUUGGUGGAUAAAGGUUUAGAACAUGUUAAUGGAAAUCAUGGAAAACAGAAAAUUAAGUUUACUAAUCCAAGAAAGCCUCAAAAGCCACCUUUGCCUCCUAGAGGUCCAUCUUUGGAUGCUGGUGAUCAUAAGUUUGUGAAGGAAUUAGCUGAGCUUGCGUUGAGGAAGCGUGCGAGGAUUAAGAAAAUGAAUGCAGUUAAAAAGAUGAAAGCAAGCAAGUUGCCGUCGUCUUCAACAUAUACAAAUCUUUCUGCUAUGGUCAUCACUAUUUUUUUCUUCCUCGUCAUCAUAUUUCACGGAAUCAAAUCUGCGAGUAGUGCGUCUGUUGGGUUAACAGCUUCCCCUGAGUCAGCGGUUGCAUCAGACGAAGGUUUAAUUUCAGUUCAGUAUCCUACGAACUUCAACACCAGUAAUGGAGAUGAACCUGGCUCUCGCUUUCCAAGUAUGCAGGAAGGAUGAUAUGGAAAUUUUGAAGAUUCUUUCCUUCGUUCACAGUGUGAGUUUAGGAUAUUUUUCAUUAGUUUGAUUUGUAUGUGCUUUUGUACAGCCAUUAGGAAUUUCAGUUAGUUUGCUUGUACAGUGACUUGUUUGGUAAUUUUGGCAAUGUUUUUAAAAAAAGGACUUCUGAUUAGAUUGUUCAUUGUUGUCUUUUCCAACUGAACAUGUUGAGGUCAGUUUUUUGUUUUUGAUCCACCUUGGUGGUGAUGAUGAUGACAUUGCUGAUUUCUCUUAAGGAUUGCAUGUUUAUAGUUCUGAUUAA